UGACGCUAUGCUUGCGGAAGAAGCCAUAGCUAAGAGCUGCAGCGAUGAGGAGAGAGAUGGACGAUAACUUUCAGCUCGAGGAUGGUGCAGCGAACAAGAAUAUUGUUAAAUCUGGCCGGAGAGCUCGAUUAUCAGCUGAUCACUCGUUUGAAGAUUCCCGGCCUGCAGGGAAGCCAUCCACCUCUGCUGCGUUAGGAGAAGAUGAUGAUGAUGAUGAGGGCCCUCCUCCUAAACCGGCCCGGCGGCAGGGUGGCUGGGCACAGGAAAACUCUGGAUCUGGCUCUGCCAAAUCUUCAAGAAGACGAGCUACCGAGGAACUGGAGGAUCAUCGCCUACGACCACAAACUCCCCAGGGAUCAGAUGAUGAAGGAGAUAUUCCAGUAAUACCAGAUUUAGAAGAAGUGCAGGAGGAAGAUCUAACAAUGCAGGUUGCUGCUCCACCAAGGGUUCAGGUGAAUCGAGUGAUGACCUACAGUGAUCUGGACAAUGAUCUUAAACAUUUCUCGACCUUCCAAACCUUAGAUGGAGAGAUCGACUUGAAGCUGCUCUCCAAGGUUUUAGCACCGGAGCAAGAGUUCAAAGAGGAGAAUGUGAUCUGGGACUGGGAUUGUCUGUUUGCAGAGGUGUCCUCAGAGCUUAAGAUGGAACAGGAUCAAGGAGAGAGUCCAGACUCUUCGAUAGGAACGGCCCCGUCUUCACUAUUAUCUCAAAUGCAUUGAGCAGAGUUCCUAUUGACACCUGGAGGAUUAGCAUACAUUAUACUUUUACUGAAUUAAAAGGUAGGAGUGGAAGUCUGGACCAAGAAAGCUGCAACUCUUUAAAGUGAUGAGCAAAUUUUUUUUUUAAGAGCUGUAGACAAUAAUAAACCUUCUGUUCUCAAAUUUAAGUAUCUGUUUGCAAAUACUAAUAAAUCCUGAU